AUGAUGGCAUGUUCUUCGUCACUGUUGAUGUUCAAAUUGGAAAAUACGGAGUCACGAAAUCCACUUGAAUGCUUAAUUUGUGAUCGAGAAUUCACAGAGCCAAUCCGUCUACCGUGUCAACACAGCUAUUGUCGAGAGUGUGUUCAGGGUCGAUCCACAUGCCCGGUUUGCGGCGCUAACUUUGAAGGCGAACCUGCCGCAGAUUCACUGCUCUCAUUCCUUAUCGAGACCAGUCAUGAAGCGGCUGAUGUUUGUGCCAAUUGUGAUAAGGCCAAAAUGUUUGCUGCACAUCGCCUAGUAUUACUGGAAGAGAGGGCACGGGUCAAAGGACGUAUCACAUGCCCUCUGCACGGAGAACCGUACAUACUCUACUCGGUUGAGAAUCGCUCUCUAGCUUGCAUUGUUUGCUUCAAUAAUGCGAAUCUUGAUACAAGACAUCAUCUGAUGCAUAUCGACGCUGCACACAAACUCGGUUGCGAUAAACUUGAGAAAGCGACCACAAAAUUACGGACUUUUCAGGAUGAUAUUCGUGAACAACUCCAACUCCGAAAGAGACUCGCAUCGGAACUGUCCGAAAGUUAUCGAAAUGCAGGUGAUAGUUUACGACAAACUUGUCAACAAAUGAUCGAUACGUUGCUAUCGGUUCGUGAUCGUUUAGUGAAGAAAUUGGACGAGGAGAAGAUGAAACGUGAUCAACAUUUUGCAGAACAAGUGCGACAGUUGACUGCACUACAGCCUUUAAUACGUCUCUAUCUGUUGAGCGCAUCGAUUUUCUGCUCAUCUGCAUCCAAAUUGGAUUUUUUGCAGUCAUCAAAUGAUUUGUUGAAAAGAAUUCAGUGUUUGUUGUCAAUGGAAUGUGAUAAGCCGCAAUAUACGGGUGAAUUAGCGAUUGAUGGUCGUGAAGAGUUUGGUCGUGCUCUCGAACCAUUUCUUGGCCUUACGUCGAUCUUGCUCAGUGGCACUGAUGGUGAUACUGAGACAGUCGGUAGUGUAUCGCCGAGGGCGAUUAUCAGUCAUCGUGCCUACGUGAAGCGAUCCGGGUCAGGAUAUACGAGCGCUUACACGGGAACGUUAGCCACCAAAUAUCAACUGGUCGUUGAUUUGGCCGGUGCAUUCGGCGAGCAGUUCGCUAAGGUGGAAGCACCGCUUAGGCAGUUUAACCAUGAAGUGGCUAAGUUAAGUAGAGGUGUCCAAGAGAUGCAAAAAGAUUUAACACUGAGGCGAUGCAUUAUCGAUAAGGAUUUCUUGCAACAACUCAUUCAUAAAUGUGUUGAUUUGGACACGAAAGUGGGACGGCAAUCGGCGCUGAUCAACGAUCUACAGCCUCAGCUGCAACAGAUAUGGCAAGAGCAACUGGACCGAGUGCGGAGGCAGCAGAUUCUUUUCAGAGAGAAGAUGAUCGAACAACAUCUGAAAAUAAGUUUUUUGCACCAGGUUGAGGAAAUGAUUCACUUACGUGAGAACGCACGUCACGUCUCAAGUGCAGCACAUCAGCUGGAACCGUUCGCCGUCUGUUUGGCUGCGGUGAGUUCAGUGAUCGAUAGACGUCGAUGCUACCGUCCUGAUCCGGCACCAAUGGAGAGUCUGUGCCUUCAGAUCAACACCAUCGAACCGGACAGUCAACAUCGUAUUCAGGCAAUCGAAAAGGAAGAGCAAAAUCGUCGUUUAGCGCAAACACAAAAGAAACGUGAAGAACAGUUGAAAUUCGCAUCAGUCAAAAAGCAGCUGAAGACAACGAAAGAGCAAAAAAUGUUGACGAGAGAUCCACUGAGGCAUAGUGCCACAAAAAUUCGUUUCGUCAAUACAAAUCGUGAUCGAAGUCGUGGAGGCACCGAUCGUGCACUUCUCUUACCGUGCAAUCGCCCGCAUAAGGGGCACGCUGCCGGCUUAAGAUGUUCGAAGAGCCAAUCGGAUCCAGAAGAUGUUGAAAGUUCAAUGGACGAUUCGUUUGAGUUCAUUGCUGAAUCGCAUAGCGCUGAAGCGGAGACGACAAAAUUUGAAUGUGAGCAUACACUGUGUCGUUCACAGCCGUUACGUCUCUCAACUCCAGUUCCAAUGGUUUCAAAACCAAUCCAUUCGAAUCAACCGACGAGUAGCUCACUACCUGAUGAUGAGCAGCUCUCAAAGCGCAUUUCAGACCUUCACCUAAGCAGUGCGGCCACAUGUCGUCGGUGUCAGAAGGACGGUGGUUGUGGUGAACCGAGAGGAGCGCCAGUGAUCCCACGAGUACCGUUCGUUCCAACGACUAUAUUCGCGAACUUUGCCAACAAGUCGCCCGGUACUUGGGAAGCGCGUGAGAAACUCUUCGAGAGUAUCAAACGGAAGGUGCCACGAGUGGACGUUGGUGCCACAAAAACACCUGAACGUGAAAUUGUUGACGAACAAGACGACUAA